AUGAAGUUAUCCUACCUUAAACUUGGGCUUCUAUUCUCCAUAUUGCUUUCUUUUUCUUGUUCACCAUUCUCUCAAUCCACAGCACCAGCAAGAAUCAACUUUGCACUAGAUGCAGAUGGCCAUCAACUCCAAUCAGGCACAAAAUACUACAUAUAUCCAAGCCAGGGUGGGAAUGGAGGAGGGCUAGCCUUAUCAGCUAAAGAUUUCGCGUGCCCGUUUUAUGUCAUGCAAGAAAAUCUUGAAGCCUCAAAUGGUGUUCCGCUAAGAUUAUUGCCUGUGGACAACAGACAGCAGAGCAUAAGUUUGUCUACUGAUCUCAAUAUUGCCUUCAAUGCAGCAACCAUUUGUGUGCAAUCAACCGCCUGGAAACUCGGACCCAUCGAUGAAAAUUCGGGGCGGAGAUAUGUGAUGAGCAAUGGUGUAAUUGGCCGUCCCGGAGCUGAUACUUUGAGCAGUUGGUUCAAAAUAGAGAGAGAUGGAAGUGGGAAUGGAUACAAGAUUGUGUAUUGUCCUGGAGUAUGUGGCUUCUGCAAGGUUGGGUGUGGAGAAAUUGGUGUGUUUAUUGAAAAUGGGAAAAAAUGGCUUGGUUUGAGUGAUGAUCCAUUUGUUUUUGUAUUCAAGAAAGCCUAG